UUUUCUAAGAACGAAGAUAUGCGAGCUGAAGAAGAAAGAUGGGCCAAUCUUUCAAAGCUUCAUGCCAUUCUGCGUCUAUUCGUUCCAAGGGAGAUGGAGCAAAAUAUAGAAAACUGGUUGACACAAUUGAUUGAAAACGGCGUCACAGGCUCCGAAGACCAUGCAUCAAUAGAAGGUGCAAGGACUGGUGCUGGGAGUUGUGAAGAGGUACAAGCAGAGGUUGCUUUUAAUGAUGGUGGUGAAGGUAUUCCUAAAAACUUGCAAUCCAGUCAAUAUGGCCUGGAAGGUAAUAAGGCUAAGAGGCCACGAAGAAGUGAUGCACCUGCCUCUCCACUUGAAGAAUGCAAUAGCUCAUUUCAAGCUCCUUCCAGGCCAGCUGUACUUGUGCAAGUGCCAAAGUCAACCUCCUCUGAAUUAAUCUUCAAGUCACUCAAAGCGAUACCUGAGCUAGCCCGUUGUGAUUUUCUAAGAGCCUACGGUGCUCUUAUCCGCGAUGAUCGCCAAUUUGAAUCUCUUAUGGCUCUCCCGAUGGACAUGAGGAAGGAUUGGUUGCUCAUGGAAAUUGGAAAAAGCGAUCCCUCUGAAGCUCCAGCCGAGGAGAUGGACAGCAAGGCCGAGAACUCGGGAGGCGAGGAGGCUGAAGCUGAUCCGGCUCGGCCCGUUCGGAACAGAAGAUUGCCGACCCGGCUUGCAGGCCGCGAGUGGAUCCGAUGAGACCGUGUAACGGCUGCCUUCAGCUAGCGGGUAGGAAGGCUGGCGAUUAGGAUACGGCAAAGGACCAGGCGGCCAUGGCGGCAACGAUCUGAGCUCAUUGUUGGGAGAGUUUGUAUUAGGCUGAUAAUUCACCCUAGAUUCUACCUGUACUGUCGAUCUAGACUCAAAUAUCUCAGUUUGACACGAGUGUUAAAUGUGUCGUGGAAAAUUGCUCAUAUGCCAGAGUUUCUGCUACUUAUUUAUGUGUUGACGCAUCUGUUCAACUUUCA